GUUCCGUUUUGGUUCAGUCCGGUUCAGGCGGGCUGUGGUCACGUGACUCCAGACAACAUGGCGUCCUCGUAGCGCACCCGUGAAGCUAACUGAAAAACGGAGCUAAAAAAACUCCCAAAACACCACAAAUCUCUGCGCUUUUCACCUCAACUGUCCCUUUUCGGCUGCGGAAUUUUGUUUCAGUCCUGGUUCAGUUUGGCCUCGGAUAAAACGCCAAAAUGUCCAGUAAAAACACGGAGCAGUUUAAACCCGGGGAUCUCGUCUUUGCCAAAAUGAAGGGCUUUCCUCAUUGGCCGGCCAGGGUUUGUAAAUCAGACACCGGCUACAAAAAGAGAGUUCCUGUCUUCUAUUUUGGGACACAUCAGAUAGGAAGUGUCCCUCUGGAAAAUGUCGUUCCUUAUGUGGGAAAUAAGACCAAAUAUGGCAGCGGAGUUCGGAUCAAAGGCUUCGCGGAGGGAAUGUGGGAGAUCCAGAACACUCCAGGAGUCUGCAGCAGGCAACAGAUGCCAAAAUCUAAAGCUUCAAAAUCUACACCUAAAACUCCAACCGUGAAACAAACUCCAGCUAAAGCUAAAGACGCUAACGCUAACGGCAACAACAAGACGACCCCGAAGUCCAGAGCCCAAACUCCACGAGCGGCGGAGAGGAGCAGGAGAGGAGACAAGGACGGCGCGGAUCAAACGCCCAAAGACGAGCCAGAGAAGAAGAGGAAACAGGAAGUAGAAGAAGGAGGGAGAGGAAGAAAGCGGCGCAGACAGGAAGUGGACGCACAGAACCAGGAAGUAGGAGACGAAAGCGAAACGAAAGGCAAAAAACAAGACGGUAAACGGGAAGCAGAUGAGAAAAACAAGACGGCAAAGGGAGACGCGGCGGUGGGAGUUAAAAGAAAACGCGACGGAGAGGGAGAAGACGAUAGAGAGGAGAGGAAGAGUAAAAAGAAGGGAGGAGAGGAAAGCGAAGGUUUGGAGAAAGAGGGAGGAGAAAAGACAGAAGAGGAGGUAAAAACACAAGAAGAAAAUGACACGGAGCAGCAGGACAAAACUCUGGAUGAAGAGAAACAGAAGAAGCUGGCGGCGAAAAGGGAAAACGUCCUGAAAUCGCUGCGAGGAUUGAUCUCGUACGGAAAAGGAGCCAAAGCCAAGAGGAGGGAGCGUUCACGGAAAAAUAUAGACGCUGCUAAAAACAAGAAAUCUGACCAGAGGAAAGCAGACCAAAUUAAAAGCAAAAAAGAUUCAAAGGCCACAAAAAGUAAAGCAAAAGUUGAAUCUAAGACUGAAAAACCCAAGAAGAAAGGCGUUAAAAAAGGAAAGAAGGAAACGACCAAGGAGGCAAAAGAAGUGGACAAAACUGCUAAACAAUCUACAAGUGAACAAGGAGACAAGGACGUCAACAAGGAGGCAACUAAGGAGGCAACUAAGGAGGCACGUGAGGAAACGAAUAAGGAAACGAAUAAGGAACCACCAACAGAGAAAAAUAAAGAAUUCAUAAAAGACGCCACAGAAACAGAGAAGGAAGCAACCAAGAAGACUAAAAAGGACGCAUCUAAGGACUCAACCCAGAGUGCCACCAAGGAUACAACCAAGGACACAACUAGUAAAGAGGAGAAAGAAACUACCAAGGGUACUAGAAAGGACAUAAUGAAGGACGCAUCCAAGGAUACUUCUAAGGAAAGAGAAAAAGAAAUGACCAAGGAGACUAAAAAGGAUGCAACUAAGGACAUAUCCAAGGAUGCUGCUGAGGAAGGAGAGAAAAAAACCAUCAAGGAGGCUAAAAAGGACUCGACUGUUAAGGACACUACCAAGGACGCAGCUAAGGAGGCGUCGGAGGAGGGGAAAAAAGAGGAGAAGAGGAUUAUUGGCAAGAUUGUGAAAGCUUCAGGGACUAAAGUUCAGGUAAAGACGAUGGGCGGAGCUACUGAAGAUGGAAAAACUAAAAGUGAAACCGACAUUGAGAAAAAGAAACUUUUAGAGGAAGGAGAGAAGAAAAAAGUAGACAAGGACGCAAAAGAAGGAGCUAGGAGAGAUGGUACAAAGGAGGGAAAAGAGGGAGGGAAAGACGGUAAGGACACUUCAAAAAUCAAGGAAGCUAAAAGCGAAAAAACUACAAAAAUGGCCGACAAAGGGAGCAAGGAAGCAACCAAGGAUGAAAAGGAGGCGAGGCAAGGUCGCAAGGCAAGGAAAGAUGGUGAAAAAGAGGGAGGGUCAAAGGAUAAAACAAAAGAAGUAGGGAAAGUGGCUAAGGAAGGAAGCAAGGAGACAAAGGAAGGUGGUAAAAAGGAGGAAUUGGACAAGCAUAAAAGGAAAGGUGAUGAGAGAAAGAGUGAUAACGUGACAAAAGAAAAGAGUGGGGAAAAGGAGACGAAGGAAGGAGAGAGGAGGAGUGAGAGAGGAAAGGAUGUAGGGAAAAAGGAGACAGAGGUUAGGAAGAGUGGUACAAAGAAAGAAACUGACUCAAAAGGCGAAUCCAGUAGAAAGGGAAGUCGGAGAGAUAAAGUUGAAGAGGAGGAGACGAGAAACAAGUCAAAAGAGCGACAGAAAAAGAAAGAAGGGGUGAAGGACGGUGAAGGUAAAGAGAAGAAGGAGGGAGCGAAGGAGACGGAGGUUAAAGCGGUGGAGAUGGAAAGCAUCGAGUCGCUACAGGAGAAAAUGAUGCGAGCUCUUAGGGAGGAGGAGACGAGAACGGAGGGAGCGAGGAGAGAGGAGAUGAGGAUGGAGGAAGCAGUGAAGAGUCCAGGAGGAGGAGGAGCGGAGGGGAAGACGCUCACGGACUCGACGCUGCACAGGCUCCAUGGAGACAUCAGGAUCUCGCUCAAGAACGACAAUCCGGACGUGAGCGCGUGUCUCGUGGCCUUGGAUCAGCUCAGUAUGGUUUAUGUGACGUCUCAACACGUCCAGAGACACAGCGAGCUCAUCACCACGCUCAGACAGCUGCGUUUCUACCGAGCCAACGAGGCCAUCAUGCACAAGGCCUCCAUGUUGUACAACCGCUUCAAGAACGCGUUCCUAUUGGGCGAGGGACAGGAAGUGGUGAGCACCGGCUUCCUGCGCUCGCUCCUGGAGGAAAAGGAAAGAGAGGAGGGACAAAGAUGGAGGGAGAAACUGAAGACGGAAGACCUGCUCCAAGAAGUGAAGAGACGAAUGGAGCAUGUGCACGAACGCAAAGAGGCCCCCGAAACAGUUCCAGUGGAGAGUCACUAGCUGCACAGCGCCCCCUGCUGACUUCAUGGACGUUUCAAGCUCCUCCAUUGCACUCUUUUGUAUAUUUCUGGCCUUUUUAACUGGAUUUUAACAUUUCAAAACACUAUUUAUAUACAGUUUACUUUCCAGUGGCCUUAGAGGAUUCAAAAUAACACACUUUUUGUUCUAUUUAUCCAACAGUUUUGUCAAAUCUCAGUUUAAUUCACUACAAAACGCUGCAGUGUUCGGUUAUUUUCAAGUGACAUACGCCUCGAUAUUUUUGCCUUUCAUUUAAUUCAUGAAACCAGAAUUCCAGUGUUAACCCUAAGCUCGUUUCACACUUUUUCUGAAUGUGUCAUGAUUCAUUUUGACGCUAAGAUAACUGGUGCUAAACGUACGACAAACCUAAGCAUUAAACCAUAGACUGUUUAUGUAAAAUGGCCGCCGCUAACCCGCUAGCCGCCUCGCUCCAAACAGGAAGUGAUCACGAACGCGCUCCCGGCUCCGUCACCCCCUCGCUCUGUCACUGCCGCUCUCAGACUCGUCGUUUUGGUCUUUUAAAAUGUCCGUAUUGCGUCUGUAAAUGGAGAUAUGAACGUUAAUAACAGACAAAUCCGCUGCGUUCUUCCCCUGAUGUCGCUCCUAAACUAACCACUCGUGUUCGCUUGUAAAUGUGCUGUGAUUCAAACGUUAUUUCAACAAAUGUCUGAUGAAAUUGAGUUUUUUUUGUGCCCUUCAGACGCAUUAGCAUAUCUGUAUACACAACUUUUUACAACAGUUUUUACUACUGAUGUUUUAUUGUAUAUUUAACUGUGCUGUUUUUGAGUUUUGUAGAUAUCUUUUUCCAGUUUGUAGCAGUGUUUAU